GCAGGCCAUCAACGCGCCCGUCUUCGUCCCCAAGUCGUCCCCCGCCGUGACAGUGUCCCCAACGCUCUCGAACGCAGAGGCCACCCAGCCGCAGCCCACCCAGUAUGCGCCCCCCGCAUCCCCCUACGCUCAUUCUCCGCAUGAUUACCCCGCCCAUGAACCGUAUGACAGCGACGCAUACAACCAAGGCCUCGAGUCCCUCGAGUCGCGCAUGGCCGAUCUGGACCUCGAAGGCGACUAUUCUGGCUAUGGGACAGAAUACGACGGCGCUAUGGACGCCUCCUUCUACUCUACAGCACCUGUUUUCGUCCGUCAGCCCGUACGUCUGUCUUUCUAUCCCAGUCGUCUAGAUCUUCACCGUUGCUAUCCAUCCUUCAGCUAAAUUACCAUCUGUACACGCCCGUCGCUUCGACGCGCCCGCCUAAGGGACCUCCCAAUCACUUC